CCUUAAAAAUAAACCUCCUUUGGGUCGUAGGACCUUUUAGUGUGUGACACAAAACGGAAACAAAACAAAACAUUGCAAAUGAACCCCCGAGUCUAACUUAAAUAUUAGGUUUAAGUUAAGACAAUGGCAAAGGUUAAUUGUUUGAGAGAUUUUGUGAACGAGCGACUAACUGUGGCGGCUGAAGAAAUAGUUAAAUUCUUUGAAAAAACGAUCUUCGAUUAUGAGAAAGAGAUCAACCAUCAGCGAGUGUUGCUGGCCGCCGUCUGCAAGCCACAAGUAAAGUUACACCGUACAGUAGUCCCAGAACAGUUCUUUCAUGUGAAUGAGAGGCAGACGGAGCUGCAGGCUUGUAUCCAGAAGAAGAAGUCUGGUUUGGACCAACAAGACUCCAAAUUUCUACAAGUGAAAGAGGAAAGUGUUGACCUCUCGACCAGUCUGGAUAAAGAACAUAAUCAGGAGACGGACUCUACUUUCCUGGCUGUCAAAUCUGAUAAAAGCACAGCUGAGACUUUCUCUACAAAUCCCGUCAAAUCUACAGACAAAGAGUCCAUAGACUCCAUCUUGGUUCAAAGUUGUGAAAUUUUAAAUGCUGGGUUGAAGGACUCGUGUCUACCUGAAACAGAUCAAGCAGGAAUCAAAGCUGAUAACUUGGAACCAACUGAGAAAAGACGAAGCAGAAGAGAGAAGAGAACUCCCCUUUUCCUUCACGCAGGUAAAAAGUGUGAAUUCAGAUGUGAGACGUGUGGCAAAGCCUUUCCAUUUAAAUCCAAACUGAUCAGACACCAGAGGAUCCACACGGGCGUGAAGCCCUACUGCUGCAGCGUGUGUGGCAAACGCUUCAACCAGACGUCCAUUCUGAAGGUUCACCUGCGGAUCCACACGGGCGAGCGGCCGUAUUCAUGCGAUGUCUGCGGGAAGACUUUCAACCAGAAGUCCAUCCUGAACGUUCAUAAAAAGACUCACUCUUUGGAGAGGCCGUACGCCUGCGACGUCUGCGGCAAAAGAUUCUUCCAGAAAGCCAGUAUGGAGGCUCAUGUCAUCUGGCACACAGAGCUGGCACCGUCUUUUCUCAAAGAGGAGGAUGUUUUCCAUGACCAGCAGCUCUUUAACCAGCAGAAGAGGUCCAGUCUGAGUCAAAGUGACUCCCAGUCUCUCCAGAUUAAAGAGGAACAGGAGGACCUCUGCGUCAGCCAGCAUGACCUACAGCAGGACCCGGACGCGCUGGUUUUGUCUCUCUCGUGUGGUAACAGUUACCACAGCGGUGCUGAAACUCUGUACCUGCAUCCCGGUGAGCUUCAGAGUUCAGGGAAGUCCUUGGAUGAGUCUGAUCACCGAGCAGACGGGCAGAAACACCAGUUCAAAACUCCUUUCACCGCAUUUGAGGCUGAAAAACAGGAGUAUAAAUGCGAGACGUGUGGGAAAGCGUUUCAGUUUAGGUCGAGGUUACUGCGACACAUGAUAAUCCACACCGGCGUGAAGCCGUUCAGCUGUCACGUCUGCGGGAAGAGGUUCAACCAGAAAUCCAUCCUGAUCGUUCACCAGCGGAUCCACACGGGUGAGCGGCCGUACCCCUGCGACGUCUGCGGGAAGAGAUUCAACCAGAAGUCCAUCCUGAACGGUCAUAAAAAGACUCACUCUUUGGAGAGGCCGUAUGCCUGCGACGUGUGCGGCAAAAGAUUCUUCCAGAAAGCCAGUAUGGAGGCUCAUGUCAUCUGGCACACAGAGCUGGCACCGUCUUUUCUCAAAGAGGAGGAUGUUUUCCAUGAUCAGCAGCUCUUUAACCAGCAGAGGAGCUCCAGUUUGGGUCAAAGUGACUCCCAGUCUCUCCAGAUUAAAGAGGAACAGGAGGACCUCUGCGUCAGCCAGCAUGACCUACAGCAGGACCCGGACGCGCUGGUUUUGUCUCUAUCGUGUGGUAACAGUUACCACAGCGGCGCUGAAACUCUGUACCUGCAUCCCGGUGAGCUUCAGAGUUCAGGGAAGUCCUUGGAUGAGUCUGAUCACCGAGCAGACGGGCAGACACACCAGUUCAAAACUCCUUUCACGGCAUUUGAACCUGAAAAACAGGAGUAUAAAUGCGAGACGUGUGGGAAAGUGUUUCAGUUUAGGUCGAGGUUACUGCGACACAUGAUAAUCCACACCGGCGUGAAGCCUUUCAGCUGUCACGUCUGCGGGAAGAGGUUCAACCAGAAAUCCAUCCUGAUCGUUCACCAGCGGAUCCACACGGGCGAGCGGCCGUACUCCUGCGACGUCUGCGGGAAGAGAUUCAACCAGAAGUCCAUCCUGAACGUUCACAAGCGGAUCCACACCGGCGAGAGGCCGUACUGCUGCGAAACCUGCGGCAAGACGUUCACCCAGAAGUCCAUCCUGAACGGACACAAGAUCAUCCACACCAGCGAGAGGCCAUAUUCCUGCAAAGCAUGCGGCAAAAGUCUCAGGAGUCACUCCAGUUUGUCGGUUCACAUGAAAACGCAUGCGGGUGAGCCGCAAAAUGCCAAUAAAACAUGUAUCCUGAAAGCACGACUUCAGCAUCAGGCUGAGCUCAGAAAAUGCGAACAUAAGGAGCCAGCAGAGUCCAUUAACCCGAGUGGAACCCAGGAUCACUGCGGCGAGCUGAGGCGAACUUUGUUAAAGUUUUCUUUUUUGCUACUUUAUUUUUACAUGUUUAUUCCUGCAACUAUGUAUCCAGCCCAAAGCAUGCGCAACUUUGUCUGUGAUCGUUUAACUGCGGCUGCGCGGGAAAUAGUGGGAGCUUUUGAAAAGAGGAUCGAGGAUUAUGAGGCAGAGAUCGCUCGCCAGCGCAGAAUGUUGGACACGGUUUUCACACCUGAGAAAAAGUUUCACAGGCCAGACAAAGACUUUCCCACUAAAGACGGUCAGGCGGUCCAGAACCAGCAGCCCCUCUGUUCUCGGGAGGAAGACUUCCGACUUGCUUCAUCACUAAUCACACAGAUCAAAGAUGAACACGAAGAAAUCUGCAUCAGUCAGGAACCACCAAAGCCAGCGCAGUCCUCCAGGUCACCUCCAAAACCGACUCCGAACGCUUCAGAGGAUCAGCGCCCGCCGCCGAGGUCAGACCAACCGGAGACGACAGAACCUGGAGGAUCUCCGUCUAUUAGCUCAGAAAAAGAAACAGAACCUCAACCGGACAGGGAGAGUUCUGCUGCAACAAAUGACCUCCAAGGACUUUCUAAAAGCAAUGACGAACCUGAGAACGAAGACCAGACGGCUUUUAAUGAUGGAGGUGAAACACCGACUAGAGAGUCCAAUCCAGAUGAGGAGAUGCCCGCCGUCAGCACUGAGCGAACAAACCAAGAAGACAUAACACUUUCUUUAGAUCAGAGCUGUACAAACAUGUCACUGAACGACAACCAUGAGGCGUCAAACAGAGAACUGGUACCAGAAUCAUCCAGCUUCGAAGAGGAGACGGACAGAGGCCAAACUGAGACUCCAGACGGGCAGCAAAGCCACCAGGAAGAAGAUUCCGACUCAAACCCAAAUCCAGCCGGUGCUGAUGAGGAUCAAACAGUUAAAGGAAGAGAAGAGUCAGCAGAACCGGAUGAACUUCAGGUUAGAAGUCCAGAAAAUGUUGAGGAAUCAGUGAAAGAGAACGAUGGGGAGCAGAACUCAUCUGAAAACGUGGAACAAACUUCACUACCAGACAAACCAGCUGAGGAAAACCAACAUGGAGGAGCAGAGAGGAGCGCUGACGAGCCUGCGGAGGAGAGUCCUGAGAAAACUCACCAAAACACUGAGACCUCGCCAAAGAGGAGAGAGCCUUCGCCGGAAAGAUCCAACGCUCGUUCUGAUCCAGCGGGACGGAGGAGGCUCAGAGAGGGGAAAGUGGCGCUGAGUAGAGCCGUGGAAACAAGGAAACAGCAGAGACAGGAGGAGAGGGCGGGGCCACAUGAAGAUGGCUCCUCCCAGUCUGCUGAUAACACCUCAGCGGCGCCGGAUCCGAUCUGCGGCGGGGACGGAAAUGCACAUCCCAGGAAGUCGCACAAAGACAAAACCAGUUCCAGCUCAAAGUCAGGGAAAAGGAGGAGGCCCGGCCACGAGGAAACGACGGUUUCUGAGGGUCGCCGUGACGACGAGAGAACAACCAGUAGAGAGAAGGCGACAUCGAAACCAAAAACAAACGACAGCAGUCAGCCUAAAGCAAGUAAGAAACCCAGCGAGGAAAAUAAAUCUUCAAGAAGCAAAAAGAGACCAAACGACGGCGGUUUGGAUUCAAAGCAGAAAAGGCAAAAGGACGGAAGUUCUUCCACGUCCAGGAAAUCCGAGGAGGAAAAGCUACAGAGAAGAGAGAAGACGAAAUCGCAGGAGAAGAGCGACUGGGGAACAUCGAGCGACGGCGCUGAGGAGAACGUGGAGAACCCGUACAAGUGCGACAGGUGUGGCAAAGUCAUGAGCAACUUCAAAAACUACAAAUUCCACAUGAAGUCCCACACGGUUGAGAAAACCUACAAGUGCGAAACCUGCGGGAAAAUGUUCCGGGAGAGCUGGGAUCUGAACAAGCAUCUCGUCAUCCACGCCUCAGAAAAGCCCUACAAAUGUGAAAUCUGCGGAAACGGCUUCAACCGCCGCUACAACCUGGACCUGCACCAGCGCGUGCACACGGGCGAGAAGCCCUACAAAUGCAACGUGUGCUCCAAGAGCUUCAGCUCCUGCGUCAACAUGAAGAAGCACCAGCGCGUGCACACCGGCGAGAAGCCCUACAUCUGCAAAGACUGCGGAAAAGAGUUCGCCGACUCGUCCGCCUUCAAGAACCACCAGCGCGUGCACACGGGCGAGAAGCCCUUCAAGUGCACGCUUUGUAAGAGGAAGUUCGCCACCAGGACGACGUUGAAGAGGCACACCAGGACGCACACCGGGGAGAAGCCGUACGAGUGCAACGUCUGCAAUAAAAAGUUUGGCCACAAAUCCGACCUGAAAGGUCACCUGAGGCUGCACACGGGCGAGAAGCCCUACGAGUGCAGCGUCUGUGAGGAGAAGUUCUCCACCUGGUUGAAGCUCCACAAACACAAGCGUGUGCACACGGAGGAGGCAGGAGAGUCCAGCUCCAGCGAAUAGACUUCUGUCAUCAACUUUUAAAUGUGAGAUUUACAAAAAUGGUUUGUAGUCUUACCGUAGUAUUACAUUAGACCAGAUGAUCUAUUUUAUUAAUAAGAUCUGAUUUUAUAUUUCUAUUUUCAAGCUUUAAUAAUGUUUUUAAAACUCUGAAUUAUGUGAAAAAAUGAUUUUUUAUCAAAGACUGAGAAAGUUUUAUUUUUAUGCCAAAUGUUGAAGCAUAUGAUGGAGUACUGGGACCACGAAAAAGUACAAAAUUUGCAACUUCUUCUUGUAAAUUUAUGACAUUAGGACCACAAAAAACAAUAUUACAAAAUUAAAGUCGUAAAAUUAUGAGGAAAAAAACUUGUGAAUUUGCUACUUUUAAUCUUCUAAAUGUACAACUUUUUCCUCACAUUUAUUAGAUUAGGACCAAAAAAUAUUAUUGCAAGAUUAAAGUUGUUUAUUUAUGAGAAAA